AUGGAGGUUAUGAUGUUGAGGGCUAAUGUCAUUGAGGACAGGGAAGCCACUAUGUCUCGGUUCCUUGGAGGGUUAAGCCGCGAGAUCCAAGAUGUGGUGGAGAUGCAAAACUGUGUGGGCUUAGAAGCUAUGCUCCACAAAGCCGUUCUUGCUGAACAACAGCUCAACAGGAAAGGUUCCUCACGUUUUGGUUCCAACUCGCUCAGCCAGGAGUAUUCAAGAGAUAGCAAGCCAGUCUUCACUCCUAAGCAUGAACCAAGAUCAUCAACGAGUUAUCAAGAUAAGGGAAAGGGCAAGGCAGAUGUGACUCCAACUACCAGUGCUCGUGAGGUCAAGUGUUUCAAGUGUCAAGGGUUUGGUCACUAUGCUAUUGAAUGUACCAACCGCAGAGUAAUGAUCAUAAGAGACAAUGGCGAGAUUGAAUCCGAGGAAGAGCCUACGCCCAAGACUGUUCAGGACACAGAGGAGUAUGAAGCAGUACCAGUUCGUGAUGAAGUCUGUAGUCUGAUCACUGAUGGAGGCAGCUAUACCAACGUGGCAAGUGAGACCAUGGUCAAGAAACUUGGGCUUAGGUCUCAGAAGCAUUCCAGUGCCAAUGACCAAGAGCUAGGUCCUGAGCUUGAACCUAAUCAAGAAGCUGAAGACCAUGGAGAGCCAAAACCUAAGCAGCCAAAAAAAACAUUGAGCAAUUUGUAUCAAGGUACCAAAGGUGAAUCUAUUCAAACCCCUUCCUGUGAUUUGCAAGAAAUUGUUCAAGUCCCUAGCAAUGAUAAGGUACAUGCUAGACUUCCUCAAAUUGUUUAUAAUGAUUCCAUGAGUUUUAUGAUGCACUUGCUUUUCUCCAAAAGUGUUGAGACAGGUACAGGGUCUAGUGAAGAACAAUGGAAGCAAGCAGAUCAAGAAAAAGAAUCUCAAUCCGACCAGAUUCCACCAGAAUCUAAACCACCAGACCAACAACUACAAGGUUUAGGUGUGACAAGAAAAGAGACAAAUGAGGAGGAGUUGCCAACUCAAGUUCCAAAUCCAAAGUCAGCAGAAAGCACUUUUUCUUUGAUAAUUCCAAAGGAGAUUAGAUCAGAACCACACAUUCAGCCUGACCCAGGUAAGUGUCUACAAUCUUUUUCAAUUAGUAAAACUCAUGAGUUUUCUAAUGUUGCAGGAAGAAUAGGUUUGAAUCUUAAGCUCUCCAACAAAAAGAUCAGAAGUGAAAUCACAAUUUCUGUUGAGAAAGCUCCUAAUGAUGAGUUAGACCAUGAGUUCAAUCCAGAACCAAACAACAAGUGGAAGUCAAAAACAGAACAAGGAUACAGUCAAGCCAUGUCUACUGCUAAGCUAAGUGCAAUCUUAAACCAACACAUUCAUCCUGUCUUUUUAACUGUCUUAAUGCACUUGUCUUGGUUUAAAGAAGUUGAGAAAGGUACAGCUGAGCAAGAGAGACGCCUAGAAGCUCACAAAGCAUUAACUUGUCAUACCAAGGAGGAGUAUGAGCAACAUGUUCUUGAGCCAAUUGCCGCAGCUGAUUCACUAAUGAGCGUUUUGCAUAGUACACAGGCGAGGCAACAUGAACCAAAAUCAAGAAGAGUGGCUCACAUGUUCCAAUCCAAUUCCAGAGAAACCACCAGACUCUUAUCUGCGAUAUCAAAGAAGCAAACCCAAGGUAAGUAUCUAGAUUCCCAAAGGCGUAUGAGACCUAACUUGCUUUCUUUUGGUGCAGGAAAAACAGUUUUGAGGACAAAACUUUUUGAAGAGAGAGAGGAUGAUAUGAUUAUGGCCAGCGCCAAGGUCAAGGAGCAUGGACCUAAGCUUGAACCUGAUGGAGUUAAGGACUUAAAGCUUGAACCAGUGGAGCAGCUUGAGCGUGAGGGAGUAAGCUUGUAG